GUGAGCCUGGUGAGCCUAGCGAGCCCUUUCCUUCCAGGCCUGGCCCAUGGCCCCCUUAGUGUUUGCUGUCAACCACCAACCUCACACUUUCGUUCACUUUGUUGCGCACAGCAUCUAACGACCUUUGACGGAUAAUAGCCAGAACCUUGAUUGCCAGUAGCACAAGACACCCCCUCGUCACUGCGUCCCUCGCUCUUUCAGCACUGUCGCGACAUAUCCAAACGACUGGCGCUUUGUCCGCCGGAGCCUGCGCCCUAGUUAAGACCCUGGCGUCACGGACGUCCCUCACUUCAACUCGUUGACCUCAUCUUCCCACAAUAUUCCAGACCUCUCAUCUCGUCCAUUUUCGCACCUCCUCUCCGACUUCCUCCUCCUCACAAUGCUGGAAACCUCGAGACGGAAGUCGUUGGCGUGGUUGAACGGCACUUAUGUAUAUGGCAGAAUCCCAUUAUUACACACUAUCCUUUUCCUCGUCGAGUUAUCAAUGGCUGCCCGACUCAUCACCAAAUUCAACUCCUACUAUGCCCAGAAACCUGUUCUCACUACCAUGAUCACGAAUGCGAUUCUUGGUGGCAUUGCAGAUACGGUGGCACAAUCAAUAACUGCAGUUCGAAAGAGACAGGCCAUGCUGUCGACCACGACUGAUUCGAGUUACCUCAUCUCUUCCGGGGUCGAGCUCGAGGACCUAAACGAAAAGCCCGCAAGAUUGUCGCCUGGUCUCUCUCCUCGAAGCAGCGGACCUCAACCUUUCGACUUUGAACGUUUGACUCGAUUCAUGUCUUACGGCUUCUUGAUGGCUCCAAUCCAGUUCCUUUGGUUUGGUCGACUCACGAAAUGGUUCCCUAUUACCCCCAAGAGUGGCACUGUUCCAGCACUGAAGAGAGUGGCCAUGGAUCAAUUGAUCUUCGCACCGUUUGGCCUGUGCUGUUUCUUCACAUUCAUGACGGUGGCCGAAGGAGGUGGAAAGAAGGAGGUUGCGACCAAGUUCAAGGACGUUUAUCUGCCCACCCUGAGAGCCAAUUACAUCCUCUGGCCGGCCGUACAGAUCCUCAACUUCCGGGUCAUGCCCCUUCGAUUCCAGAUUCCGUUCGUGAGCACCGUGGGAAUCGCCUGGACAGCCUACCUCAGCUUGACCAAUUCGAGCGACGAUGAAGCACAAGCUCUCCAGUGACCACGGUCAUGCCUUCCAACAUCCAUCAGUGACUAGAUACCCAUGAUCAGCAUCAGCGGCGUUUUGAGGUGGAACAAUGAUUCAUAAAUUGUACAUGGUCGGAGCGCAAGCCCAUGGAGCAUCAAUCUAUUCUCGUCGUUUUCAUCAUCUCGGUGGGAAGACUUCCCGCCUUUCCUUGCUCAGCACAGGACACUUGUAAAGGCCUGCUUUGCUUUAGCUUAUGCCCUUCAGACAACGUACUCAACAAAUACAGAAGCCAGGGUGAACGAGAGGUCACUGUACUUCCAGCUUCGGCAUCUUAUGAUUAUGUACGUAGUCUCAUCGCCCACCGUUAUCCCCCUACGGUAUCCCUCAAGCAAUUGCCUAAACCGGCGCUGCAUUUUCUAUCUUUCCCUCACCGGGAUGUGUCUGUUCGCUAGAGCAGGAGGAGCUGGUCGCUGAUCGGGAAUGGCUGGACAAGGCUGCGGCUGACAGCCUUGUGUGAGCCAGACACACUAGGC